CAAUACAAGGAUUUGUAGUCGCCUGAGCCUCACCGCUGUAGUUAAUACACCGUUUUACCUGGACUGAACGGAGCGGAUUCAUACCUAAAGCCGAGCAGCAGGUGGAAAUUGAGUCGAGUUCCCCUGACGCCUGACACCAUGGAGAAAGAAGAACGACGAAAGGUCACUGAGCGGAGUCAGAUUUGGUCAUCGACCAGACAGAAGCCACUUUUGUGUGUUGAAAUGGCAAGUUUUAGAAAACAAGCCCCCCCCGCUAGCCAGCGAAGGCGAGGGAGCCCUAAAAUCGAACUGACUGAGGAGCAGAAGCAGGAGAUCAAGGAGGCGUUCGACCUGUUUGACACAGAUGGCAUAGGAAGCAUUGAAGCCAAAGAGCUGAAGGUGGCCAUGCGAGCGCUGGGGUUUGAGCCCAAGAAAGAAGAAAUCAAGAAGCUGAUUUCAGAAGUUGACAAAGUGGGAUCGGGGAAAAUCGACUUUGCCGACUUCCUCAGCAUAAUGACUGUGAAAAUAAGCGAGAAAGACACCAAGGAGGAAAUCCUGAAAGCUUUCCGACUCUUCGACGAUGACAACACGGGCAAGAUCUCAUUCCAAAACCUCAAGAGGGUCGCCAACGAGCUGGGCGAGAAGCUGACCGACGAGGAGCUACAGGAGAUGAUCGACGAGGCCGAUGGAGACGGCGACGGCCAGGUCAAUGAGCAGGAGUUCCUGAAGAUUAUGAAGAAGACUAACUUCUACUCUGUCACAUCAGCCUCGUCUCUCCCUCUGAGUGCUGAUGCUCUUGAACUCCUGAAGAGUGUCGUCAGUCUCUCCUGCACCUCUCGCCCAGCGGAGGGUGUGGGUGACUCGAGUGCCAGGAGAGCUUUGAAUAACGCAGAGAGGGGGAGAAAUAUAAGGAAUAGGCAGAAGCAGUGA